AACUCGCUUUACUUUCACAGCCGGGCUCGGGGCUUCGGGCUGCUGCAGUCGGGACGAGGCUGGCGGAAAAGUGGCGAAGUCGGAAAAACAAAAACCCAAGCGAAGUUAUUUAGCGGAGAAAACCGUAAACAACAUGGCGAGUCAGCAAGAGGACGCGGGAGCGUAGUGUAGGUAGCGCGCGGGGGCUCGGCUGUAAUCACAGAACUAACCAAAGUGUGGAACUGACGGUAAUUUGUUUCUAACGGGGCUUUGAGAGCAUUCAUCACCAUGGCACUUCGGAAGUCUGCGCGGGAAAGGAAGUAGCGUGCACUUCCUAGGGAACGGUGAAGGAAGCGGCGUGAUUGUCGGAGACGAUGAAGAGUUUACGCGGCGCUCAGUCUCCGUGUCGAGCAGGACACUUCGCGUUCAGGAAAGACACUAGAAUGUAAAGGCAGCAGGAGGGGAGCGAGGCUGGACGGAGUUGAGGGGACACUCGCUGAUUUCUCGCUGAUGUCUUGAGGAUGUCCGGGCGCGUCAAAGAUCGCAUCACUGUGUUCCAUUGCGGUGUUCCCCAGCAAUACACCUUCAGCUUGUGUUGUUUGUCUCUUGUGCUGAUUUGAUCAUGGCAUUAAGGUCUAGAAAAGCAUGGACGAAUGUGAUAGUCGGGCUUCUGCUCGGGUUCACUGCAGCGUCCUGGCUCCUGGUGCCCCGGGUCACUGAGCUCAAAAAGUGCUCACCCUACAGUCUGGGGAAAGUUUCUGGGGAAAUCAUAAGAACCCCCAUAAGCGAUGACGCCUGGCCCGAAAGCCAGCGCAAGCCAUCCUCCAGUAGAGAAAGAAGCUACGAAGAAGAGGAUGAGGACCAAAGUAUGGACCACGCAGGACCUAAGCAUUUUCUCUAUGUUGGAGUCAUGACCGCCAAAAAGUACCUGGACUCAAGAGCAGUGGCCGCUUAUAAGACUUGGGCGCCGAGCAUCCCGGGGAAGGUGGAGUUCUUCUCCAGCCACGGCUCAGACUCUAUCCCACUUCCAUUCCCUCUCCCGGUGGUCUCUCUGCCAGGUGUGGACGAUUCGUACCCGCCGCAGAAGAAGUCCUUCAUGAUGUUGAAAUACAUGCACGAUCACUACCUGGACAAAUACGAGUGGUUCAUGAGGGCGGACGAUGACGUCUACGUCCGAGGUGAAAAGCUGGAGCUCUUCUUGCGCUCGCUCAACAGCAGUAAGCCUCUGUACCUGGGUCAGACAGGUCUAGGUACCACAGAAGAACUGGGAAAGCUGGCAUUGGAGCCUGGAGAGAAUUUUUGCAUGGGUGGCCCGGGUAUGAUUUUCAGCCGCGAGGUGCUGCGUAUGAUGGUGCCGCACAUCGGGACAUGUCUGAGGGAGAUGUACACGACGCAUGAGGAUGUAGAGGUGGGCCGCUGCGUGCGCCGAUUCGGGGGAACCCAGUGUGUCUGGUCAUACGAGAUGCAGGAGCUGUUCUAUGAGAACUAUGAACACAAGAAGGGUUUCAUUGAGGAACUGCACAGCAGCAAGAUCCACAACGCCAUCACCCUGCACCCCAACAAGCGUCCAGCUUACCAGUACCGGCUGCACAACUACAUGCUCAGCCGGCAGAUCUCCCAGCUGCGCUACCACACCAUCCAGCUGCAUCGUGAGACCAUGAGCAUGAGCCACCUCAGCAACACUGAGGUGCAGUGGGAGGACCAGCAGCUAGGUGCGCCCCCUUCCUAUGCCCGCUACCAACCAACCGAACGAGCAGAUGUUAUCGAGUGGGAUUUCCUCAAUGGCAGGUACCUGUACUCUACUAGCGAGAAGAACAUGCCUCGACAGGGUCUCGGGAGCGUACUACGCUCUGCCUUAGAGGACACGGUGCUCCAGGUGAUGGAAAUGAUCAACGAGAACUCCAAAGUCCGAGGCCGUGUCAUCGACUUCAAAAAGAUCCAGUACGGUUAUAAGAGGGUGAAUCCUUUACACGGUGCUGAGUACAUCCUAGACCUCAUGCUGCUCUAUAAGAGACACAAAGGACGCAAAGUGACAGUGCCUGUCCGGAGACAUGUCUAUUUGCAGCAGUCCUUCAGUAGGCCUUAUUUUACUGAACCCGAGCAGCUCGAUGUAGCCGAACUAGUGGAGGCGAUCAAUAGUGACUUUCAGUCGUUUUCACUUCUUUCGAAUUCACUCAAAAUCUUUUACCCUUUACAGUUUUCAGAGUCUAACAGGGAGAUGAGAGAGCAAGGUCAAAAGAAGCUGCACAUGCUCGUCCCGCUUACUGGUCGCUACGAUACGUUUGUGCGCUUCAUGGACAACUUUGAGAAGGUCUGCCUUAUUUCUAACCAGAAUAUAAAACUAGUAAUCAUCUUGGUGGAUAAUGAUAGCAACCAGGACAAAGAGAAGCAUUUGGACUUGAUUAAGGACUACCAUAAUAAAUAUCCCAAAGCAGAUCUGUCUGUGAUACCAAUGACGGGAGAGUUUUCUAGGGGUCUCGCGUUAGAAAUGGGUGCCUCUGGCCUUAACAAUAGCUCCCUGCUAUUUUUCUGCGAUGUGGAUCUGGUCUUCAGUAGUGAUGCACUCCAGCGCUGUAGAGAUAACACCAUUGAAGGGAGACAGGCCUAUUUUCCUGUCGUCUUCAGCCAGUACAAUCCCAAAAUAGUCUUCGCCGGCAGCCAUACAGAAGACAGCAACUUUGUUUUCACCAAAAAAACUGGCUUCUGGCGAGAUUAUGGCUUCGGCAUCGCCUGCAUAUACAGAAGCGACCUGCUGAAAGCUGGGGGUUUCGACACGUCAAUACAAGGCUGGGGGCUGGAGGAUGUCGACUUGUUCACCAAGAUCAUCAACUCCGAUUUAAAAGUGCUCCGCUCACAAGAACCCGGCAUAGUGCAUGUUUAUCAUCCCGUCCAAUGCGAUACUAAUCUAGAGCCCAAGCAAUACAAAAUGUGCCUGGGGUCCAAGGCGAGUAUGUACGCGUCUGCGAUGCAGUUAGCCGAACUGUGGCUUGAGAAACAUUUAGGCGUAGGGUACAGGAACAGAACUUCCUCCUGACAUUCCGGCUGACUCGUCAGUGUCCCUGGAGAUUACCUCAGUCCCUCAGUAUCUGAACACAGAAGACAGAUCGUGCGAGUCUGUACCUCUAUUGCUUAAGCAAACGCGUGAAGUUAAAGGUACCCUAGCGACGUUUGCGCACAACAAAUUUAUUUCACAGCGUCUUUCAAAGGUCAUGUAGAGAAAUGUUAAAACCAUUUGUUUCGUGCUCUCUGUUGAAAACAUCAAAUCUGCUGAUUUACUCAGGAGCAUAUUUCUCAUCACAUGACCACCGUCUGUGAACGUCCAGUAUUAUCCUUGCCGUUAAAGCUGUAUGAGAAGUGCUCUUGUUUCCAAGUUAAAGUGGACACAAACACCACCAUGAAUUAAUAAAUUAUUAAUAAAUUAAUAUAUUUCCAUGGGGCAAUAUUAAUAAAAGUACCAUGAAUGUGCUUUAAAGGAGACAGAAGAAACAUUUUCUUUAUACUAAUAAAAUAAUUUUUAUUUUUUGCAGUAUUUUUUAAAGUUUCUGUAACUUUUAUUUUCUAGUUGCAGUAGGAUUGGUAUUUUAAGGUACUGGUUGCCUUUCGACAUUUGCUGUAUUCAGUCUUUUUCUUUUGUUGUUUUUCUGAAGCUUUGCUGUGGUGAACAAAUUGCAUCUUUUAUAAUUUUUGCUUUGUGAUAAAAGUUCAUUUUAUGGCAACUAAAAAAACGCUUUCAGUUGAUUAUUUAUAAUAAAUGUUGAAAUGCAUAAA